AUGAAUUCCAACAGCAAAAAUUCUGUUUCCGGCGAUCUUCUCUCCAAGAAACCUACCAGAAAGGACGCUGUCUCCUCCGCCGCAUCGAUGAAGCCCUCCGCCUCACCGAUGAAACCCUCUGCUGCACCGAUGAAACCCUCUGCCGCACCGAUGAAACCCUCCGCCGCACCGAUGAAACCUAUUGGCCAAUCCGGCAUCUCCGGUGAUUCCUCUUUGAAGAAACGUAACGGCAAGGCCGUUGUCUGCUCCGAUGUCCCCUCCGACAAAAACGAUGGCGUCGUGUUCUCUAAAAAUGUGACGUUUGGUCCACAAGCAGACGAGUUAAGGUUUCGUCUCAUCCAUUUUUGGGAGGCCAGGAACGCACUCUCGAAGAUCCUUAUUGGUUUAGAGAUGCUUCUGAUCGACGAAGAAGGUACUGUGAUUCAGGGAUUCAUCCCACCAUCGAGGAUUGACACUUAUCUGCGACACAUGAUUCCCGGUUCCACUUACAGACUCAACAACUUCUUUGGUUCUAAGACCAAGAAAGUGUACCGGGUUGCUGAUCCAGAUGUGACCAUUGCUUUCUCAUGGAACUCUGUCCUCUCUGUUCUCAAAGACAGUUCGAUUCGGUUUUCUGAAGAUCGAUUUCGUUUCCAUGGCUAUGAACAGUUUGAAGCGGCCUGCGGCCUCAGAGGGGAUCUGUAUGAUUAUAUUGGUCAUAUUAGAUUGGUGAAUGAGCAGACUCUUAAUCAGAGUCUUGUGCUUGAUGAAGUCGAGAUAGCUUCUAUGUGUGGUCCUGUGAUGAAGCUCUACAUAUGGGAGAAGGCAGCUACAGACUUCUGUGCUUUAUCUAUGUCAUCCCGAUCAUCUUCACGGGUGUUUUUUGAUAUGGAUGUUCAACCAACCAGGGAGUAUCUGGCUUGGCUUGAAUCAAACUCAGAAGUUGCUAAUAGAGUUAAUGCUGAAAUUGUCACCAAGGCUGAGACAGCAACUAUAGGGGAGCUACUCUCUUACAUGAAGCAGGAAGAAGCGAAGGUCGCUUGGUUCGAGUGUACAGCCACUAUUGAUGAUGUUGUGCGUGAUUCCGCAUGGUAUUACAUUGCUUGUGGUGGGUGCAAGACUAAAGCAACUAAAGGACCUACCACGCUUAUGUGUAAGAAGUGUGGAAAGGCUGAGAUUACUGGUGCUGCAGAGGAAGAAUUGUAUCUCACUAAGCUAUAUGUCUAUGACAACAAUGAUUAUGCGAGCUUUGUGGUUCUCGGUGACGCUGGGCAUGAGUUAACUGGGAAGAAAACCUCUGGAUUGGUUGAGAGCUACUAUGAGGCUAAUGAGGGCGCAGUAGAUGGGCAUGUAGUUCCGGUGCCUCAAGCCCUGAUUGAUACCAUUGGACAGACACGCACGUUCAUUAUCAAGAUAUCAAACAACAACCUGGAAGGCAAGAUGCAAGCUUUAACUGUCACCAAUGUCCUCCCUCUUGAGGUUCCAGCACUUGGAUGCGAUCUAGACGACAUCGUGGUUGUCCCUCCUACUGCAGUGACUUUGGAAACCGGUAAUCGUGAGGAAGGUUCUUCCAUUGUGAAUGAGGAACAUGCAGCUGAUGGGGUGAAAAGAGGUUCUGAUAUGAUUGUGUCAGAUGAUGCUAAGGGUGCUAAAUGUGGCUAA